CAUUGUUUUCUACUAUUUUAAAAUUUUCACGCGAUUCGAAUUCACUGAAUUCUACUCCAUAGACUUGUUAAGCACCCCAAAAAGCUAAAAGUGCAUUAUUAUGGAGUAUUUAACAAAAUAGACAUAAUGUAAAAAUCAUAUGUACAACGUCGAAAUUCAUGAAAGAAUGAAGUAGAUACAAAACGAGAAACCCUAGAGGAAACAAUAAUUAGCAAAAUUAGUUUAAGAUAGGAAGUAUAUGAAAUAUUAGAGUAAUUAUCAUGGCUUACGACUUCAUUAUUCGUCCAAUUAAAUAAUUGUAUUUCACCUAAUACUGUCCCUCUAUAUAUAGAAGUGCAUCUUCCAUGAACUUAUCACAUUUGAGUUCCGAAAACAUUUUUAUUCAUCACAUUUAUAUAUAGAUAUAAAGAGUAAGACAUAUAUCUAUAAAAAAAUAUAGUAGUAAAAUGAAAAUGGGUAGAGCAAUUGCCCUCCUCUUUGUGCUUGUGAUAUCUCCGGCGGUGUACGGGCAGACGAGGCACAUCGUCGGCGACUCCACCGGUUGGGACAGCAGCGGAAACUACGUCAACUGGGCAAGGGGAAUAACUUUUACCGUUGGUGACUCCCUGGUGUUCAACUAUGAUUCCUCCCAUGCCGUUGACGAAGUAAGAGAAGAUGACUACAACGGCUGCAACACCGCAAACGCCAUCAGCUCCGACAGCAAAAGCCCCACUACCAUCUCCCUCGACGCCCCUGGCCCCCGCUACUUCCUCUGCCCGAGGUCCAACCACUGUGGCCAGGGCCAAAAACUCACCAUCAACGUCGUUGCAGCCGCCACCACCCCAUCACCACCCUCUGGAGGCGCCCCCACCCCCUCACCGCCCUCCCCCGGCGGUGAAGACACCCCACCAACUCCUACAACGACCACACCGUCCUCCCCACCACCCCCCUCUGGCAACGCUGCCACUAGCGUAGGCGGCAAGAUGAGCUCGGUGGUUGGCUUGUUGCUUGUUGUGGGAGCCAUGUUGGGAGUAAUGAGCUAAGGCAAGAGGCAGUGCUGUUUGUAAUUUUCUUUUAUUUUUGUGUAUUGUUAUAUUUUUAGUAUAAUCGUGUGUACAUGACUCAUUAUGUGGUAGGUUGUGAGACCAUCUCUAUUGUCAUUAUCACCAUUUAUAUUAUUGAUAUGCUUCAAUAAAGAGACCAUGCUUUUUAGAA